AUGGCAACACAACCUCAGGACUUCUCCUCUCCCCACGCCACCACAUACCCCAUCGCCCACCCACUAUGCCCGCUGAGCGCGGCCGAGAUUUCCACCACCGCCGAGCUGGUGCGGUCCGUGUGGCCGACGAGCGUCGAUCUGCGCUUCAAGGUCAUCACGCUGGACGAACCGGCCAAGAAGUCCAUGAUCCCGUAUCUCGAUGCCGAGCAUUCCGGAGGCGCUUUGCCCAGUAUCCCGCGCAAGGCCUUUGUUUCGUAUUAUAUCCGCAACACGGACCGGUUCCACGAGGCCGUGGUAAACCUCUCUUCUCGCUCCGUCGAGAGCAAUGUCCGGCUUGGUCCCAAUAUGCACGGCAACGGCGACUACGAUGAGAUCCUGCAAGUCGAAAAGAACGCGCUGGAAGACGAGAAGGUCAAGGAAGCGAUCAAGAAGUUGCAACUGCCUGAAGGGGCGGCGAUCUGUGCAGACCCCUGGAUUUACGGCUCUGACGGCGUCAACGACGACGACCGCAUGUACCAGGUCUUCCUGUACAUGCGGGACCCGAACAACGUGUCGGAACUCGACUCGAACCACUACGCCUUCCCGCUGCCCAUUUCGCCCGUCAUCGAAUGCAACGAGUACAAGGUGAUCCGGAUCGACUAUCUCCCCACGGGGGCGGACAACACGAUCCACGAGCCGCGACCGUGGCAGGCCAAGCCGGCGAACGAGUACGUGCACGAGUACCAGACGCUGCGGACGGAUCUGAAGCCCCUGAACGUGAUCCAGCCCGAGGGGGCGAGCUUCAAGCUCACGCCCACGGGCGAGACGGGCCACCUGCUGGAGUGGCAGAAGUGGACGGUGCGCGUGGGCUACAACCAGCGCGAGGGCAUGGUGCUGUACGACGUGCGGUACGACGGGCGGCCGCUCUUUUACCGACUGUCGCUGUCGGACAUGAACAUCCCCUACGCCGACCCGCGGCACCCGUUCCACAAGAAGUCGGCGUACGACCUGGGCGACGCGGGCGCGGGCGCCAUGGCCAACAACCUGAAGCUCGGGUGCGACUGCCUGGGCCACAUCCAGUACCUGAGCGCCGUCAUCACCGACGACAAGGGCACGCCGACGACGCUGGACAACUGCGUCUGCGUGCACGAGCAGGACGCGGGCAUCGGCUGGAAGCACACCAACUACCGCACGGGCCGCGCCGCCGUGGUGCGCAACCGCGAGCUCGUCCUGCAGAGCAUCAUCACGGUCAGCAACUACGAGUACAUCCUGGCCUUCAUGUUCAACCAGGCCGGCGAGCUGAUCUACGAGGUGCGCGCCACGGGGAUCCUGUCGACGCAGCCGAUCGACCACGAACUCGACACGGUGGGCGUGCCCUUUGGCACCGUCGUGCAUCCGGGCGUGCUGGCCGUGCACCACCAGCACAUCUUCUCGCUGCGCGUGGACCCGAUGCUGGAGGGCCACGCCAACCGGCUGGUGUACGAGGAGGCGCACGCCAUCCCCGUCACGCCGGACUGGAACCCGCACGCGGUCGGGUACGAGGUCUCGGAAACCGUGGUGCCGCGCGCGGGCGGGCUGGACCUCGACACGGACGCGAACCGCGUCUUCAAGAUCCAGAACGCGGGCGUGCGCAACCCGGUCAACGGCAAGCCCGUCGCCUACAAGAUCCACGUGCCGCCGUUCCAGAAGAUGCUGUCGCGCCCGGAGUCGUUCAACUGGAAGCGCGCCGAGUUUGCCGACCACAACAUCUACGUCACCACCCACGCCGACCGCGAGCUCUACGCCGGCGGCUGGUACACGAACCAGUCGCGCGGCGGCACGGGCGUGCGCAGCUGGGCCGCCCGCCAGGACAGCGUCGUCGACACCGACAUCGUCGUCUGGGUCCAGUUCGGCAUCAACCACGUGCCCCGCAUCGAGGACUUCCCCGUCAUGCCCUGCGAGAUCCUCAAGGUCAGCUUGAAGCCCGUCAACUUCUUCGACCGGAACCCGGCCAUCGACGUCCCGCCCAGCGAGCAGGUCUUUAACAAGAGUACCUUGGUCGCCGAGGCCCAUCGCCAGCCCACGCAGGAGUUGGUCGUUGGCACCAACGGCAAGGCCGUCGUCGAGGACUGUUGCGCCGGCGCCGGCGCCGAGAGCAAGAGUAAGUUAUAA